GCAGUAUAAAUUUCGAUUGUAAGGUGUACUGAGGAAUCCUAAAGAUCAAGGCAAAUGAAUCAGAUAACAACAAAAACUCGAACCGCAUAAUGGAUACACCGCUCAUUUAAGUUUUAAGUUAGUGAAGUGGAGCAGAGUUUUGUAACUGUGCGGUAAAAAUUGAAGACGUAUUUGUGACGUCAUUGUUAACUGUUAUUUCAAGUCAAGAGAUCUAACAAUUCUAUUGCAAGUCCAAGUGACAACUCAAAGUUCUGACUGAUUUAUUCUCGGAAAAAAUACAACAAAGAUAUGAAGGUUCUAUUAUUACUUUUACAUCUCAACUUAUUGAACUUUGCUGUCAGUUUUGUUAUACGUAAAACAACGAUAUAUCAUCCAAUACCGACUGGUACUGUUAAUAACUUAGAACAACAAUCUUCGAAUUAUGCGGCAGGAGAUAUUAAAUUUACAUUUUUAGCUAAUAAUCAUUACACAAGGGGCGAUGAAGUACCCAGUAUUGGAAAUUUAAUCAAAUCAAUAAGAAUACCAGGAUUCAACGUGUAUCGUAUAGUUUUCAAUCGAGAUAAUACAGGAAAUUAUGACAACGUUAAAUCAUCUCCAAAAUUAAUAUCAAAACCUAUACCAGAUAAUUACGCAGAUAAACAGUUAUCCAAAUCUGUAAUCGAAAAGAGAAAUCAUAGCGAAGCUCAUAACAUUGACGAAAUAAAUAAGGCACCAGAUAUUGAGAAUGUAGUUGACCCAAAAUUAAUUGAAAUAGAUUGUGAAGGGAAAAACUCUAUAGAUAAAGAAAAUUGUAAGGAGGAAACUACGACAAACAUAAAUGAAAUUACUACUGACAUCGAUCGAUCUAACGAGAAUUCAACAGUGACGUCAGAAUACGAUGAUGAGAAUUAUGGCGGUAUAUCAGACCGAAGUGAUAUUCCCCCAGGUUUAUUGGCAUCUUUAGUAGGAUAAAUAGUUUUAAAUAACUGUGUAUAGAUUCAUUAUUUAUUACAAUAAGUGCUCAAUCAUCACAUACUGUUUGACAAAUUCUUGUGUCUAAGAAUAUUUCAAAGAACAUGGCAACAUCAUCUAGGUUAUACAUCCAAAAUUCAUUUAAUUUAUUUCCAUGAUCGUCAUAAUCUAUGUAUAAUAAGUUGUUUACUGAGCCACUAUUAGCACCGUUCCGUAAAGCUUCGUGCUUAUUAAUAAUAAUAACUGAUUUGCGGUUUUCUUUCAAAACAAAUGAUGUAUUUUUAUGUGUGUUAUUUCGAAAUACAAGAUUGCUGAAACAAAAAUUAUGUUUAUUAGCUAAAGUUCUUUUGCAUUACUGUGUCAGUACAAGUCAUGCCUUGUUCUUGUACAACGCGACAAAUAAAAUAAUUUUAUGACGAGGAAAAAACUAAUUUCUUACAUCUGAAUAUCGUGUAAAAAAUUAUACGUUGAGUUUGACAUAAUAACAGUCCAGACAAAUUGUUUGGUACAAAAUAAUAUCCCGCAUGUCGGAGUUCCGCACAUUUAAGUGAAAAAAAAAACAUCUUGUUUCGAUGACCCCAUAUUUGCCUAUAGUCAUUUCUUUUACCAAAGGACAUACGAGGAAAAAAACGCAAACAUAAAUUAUUUUGGUAUGCAUAUCCGAGAAAGCAAAGUAAAACUACACCUUUACUGGGAAUUUGAAAAUUAUCGGAAUUCACUUACUUUUUUUGUCAUCAUUAUUUAAAUAACCGUUUAAUAAAAUGUUUGGACUAAUCUGAACGACGUAUUUUUCAAAUUUACUAUAAUACACUUCAUAACUCACCACUUCAAAAGGACAAAGUUUGAAAUUCGAACGUAGACAACCACAAAUUCAUAUCAGUAUAAAAAAAAACAGUUUUUUAUUUAUAAUUUGCUCUUUGUCUUACCUCAUCUGUUUCUCGUGGAUCGUAUCGUUUAUUGUGCAUCCUAUAAUUACAAUUGAAUAAAAAAUCUGCAAAAAAAGUUGUAACGAGUUUUUAAUGUAUUAGAUAUUUUUUGUUAGUAAUGGUAUUUAUUCUCCUCAGCCGAAUGCCGAGUAACUGGACAUCCAAAAUAUCUAUCUUGAAACUGCACACC